AUGCGAUGCGCGAGCAAGGCCGCCGAGAGCGCGUCUGCACGUCUCUGUGCGGACGCCGAAGCAGAAACAACAGCAACUGAUGUCCCAUCGGUUGCUGAAGUGACUCAGCCUAUAUCACCUGGUGAUGCAGGCGCUGGUCAUGAAGAAACUCGUGUCUUCACAGAGUACGAGCUCGGUGUCUCGUACUCUCCUGAUACGGAUGACGGAUCCGUAUCGACGGCGAUUGAAUCUAUGCCGCCUGCCAAGCGUGGCAUGGACGAUGCUUUGCGUCGCAGCAUCUUUGGUUCAUCUGAUGAAUCAGAUGAACCAUCGCCGAAGCGUAGGCGCUAG